AUGCCAGACCCCGCGGCGCACCUGCCCUUCUUCUACGGCAGCAUCUCGCGCGCUGAGGCCGAGGAGCACCUGAAGCUGGCGGGCAUGGUCAAUGGGCUCUUCCUGCUGCGCCAGUGCCUGCGCUCGCUGGGCGGCUACGUGCUGCCGCGGGUGCACGACGUGCGUUUCCACCACUUCCCCAUGGAGCGCCAGCUCAACGGCACCUACGCCAUCACCGGCGGGAAGGCACACUGUGGCCCCGCCAAGCUCUGCGAGUUCCACUCGCGCGACCCCGACGGG